UUUCUUGCAUUGCAUUAUGAAUGGGUGGCCUUUGGGGAAACUAGAGGCACGAGUUGGCUAUCAAACAAACACAAAUUACUGGAAUACAGAGCAUAAAUCACUAUACUAGAGACUGGGGAGUCAAGACUCAAGACUCAUAAACUAAUUCACCACACCCCUCACUUAAACAAUAUCUCUUCCUAUAUAUAUCCACACACCUUAAGCUCUUACUAAUAAGACCAUCACUCUUUUUCAGCUAUGAAGGCCUCAAACCCCUUAACCCUCUCCAACAUGAUCUUCUUUGCAUUUGCACUUGUCUUCAUUUCUACAGCCCAAGGCCAAACAUGUGACAAGCCACAGCAAGCCUCCACCCUCCAAGUCUUCCAUGUCAACAGCCCAUGCUCCCCAUUCCGGUCGCAGAACCACGUCUCAUGGGAGGAAAGUGUGCUUCAAAUGCAGUCAGAAGACAAGUCCAGGCUCCAGUACUUGUCAAGCCUCGCUGUCGCGAAGAAAUCUGUGGUGCCUAUUGCCUCAGGGAGAGGGAUUAUACAAAGCCCAACUUAUGUGGUGAGGGCUAUGAUUGGAACACCUCCACAAACAUUCCUUAUGGCUGUGGAUACCAGUAGUGAUGCUGCUUGGGUGCCCUGCUCUGGCUGCAUUGGCUGCCCUUCUUCCACUUUCGCUUCCGAAAAAUCGACAUCUUACAAGACUCUUGGCUGUCAAGCUCCCCAAUGCAAACAGGUCCUCAACCCCACCACUUGCACCGCCAUUGCUUGCAGCUUCAACACAACCUACGGAGGCUCCACGGUGGCGGCAAACCUCUCACAAGAUUCCUUAAAACUCGCAUUAGACGUCAUCCCAAGCUACACUUUCGGGUGCAUCCAGAAGACCACAGGCAACUCGGUGCCACCACAAGGCCUUCUAGGCCUCGGCAGGGGUCCAUUGUCACUACUGUCACAAACUCAGAGCCUCUACAAAUCCACAUUCUCUUAUUGCCUGCCUAGCUACAAGUCACCCAACUUCUCCGGUUCGCUCCGGUUGGGUCCCACCGCUCAACCCAUUCGGAUCAAGUACACCCAAUUGCUAAAGAACCCGAGAAGAUCAUCACUUUACUAUGUCAACUUAGUGGCCAUCAAAGUCGGCAAGAAAAUUGUUGACAUUCCGGCUAGCGCAUUCGCAUUCAAUCCCACCACCGGAGCAGGAACCGUUUUUGAUUCAGGCACCACCUUCACUCGGCUUGUGCAAUCAGCCUACAUUCCAGUGAGAAACGAAUUCCGCAGACGUAUGGGCAAAACCGCAACCGUAUCAUCGCUAGGCGGAUUCGACACGUGUUAUAAUGUCCCGAUCACCAUCCCCUCGAUCACAUUCAUGUUCUCCGGCAUGAACGUGACCCUGCCACAAGACAAUUUCCUGAUCCACAGCAGCUCUGGCAGCACCACUUGCCUCGCCAUGGCAGGGGCACCAGACAACGUGAACUCUGUCCUCAAUGUCAUUGCCAGCUUGCAACAACAGAACCAUAGAGUGCUCUUCGAUGUUCCAAAUUCAAGGCUUGGAGUAGCCCGGGAGACAUGCACUUAGAUUAAUUAAAAUUCCGUGUUAAAUUUCAAUAAUUAUCUGCCACUUAAUUUGGGUGAUCUUCUUUAAGCUUGUUUUGUUUUUGUUGGUUGCUGUGGCAUGCUGAAAUUUAGUGUACUUUUCUUUUUAA